AUGGCAGGCCUAGCAGGCCUCGCAGAGUCUGGGCGAAGCCCGGGUGAGGUUCUCACUAACUCGCAGCGCAGGACCAGGAUCCUGGCCGCUAAGCAGGGCACCGACAUACCAAACAAGUGGCGUGAGGCACCGGAACAUGCCGAGGACCAGGUGACUUGGGGUUUCUGGUCUCGCCAAGUAGUCAAGUACAAAAGUACCGGUGAAGUUGUACAGGACUAUUGCGCCUGCCGCAAAACCUAG